AAGUGUGUCCGUGACUGUGUUGCUUGAAACUGUUUUCUCCCCAACCGAACGAACACAUUACCGUCGCCGGAAUUCUACGGCAUCGCGAUCCAUCCACCGUUCACCGUCUUCUAACCAACCAAACCAUCUAAAUUAGUUUUUAAUUCAAUUCCAAUUUCAAUGUCGAAGGAUAAAGAUCCUACCAAUUUGUCUCGCACCUUCAAAUACCUUUUAGCUACUCAAUUCUUGUCAAGAGGAAUUCCAUUUAUAUUCAAUACAUGGAUUGUAAGGCAUCUCACAGAAGAGGACUACGCGAUGUAUGCAGUGCAGUUUCAUCUAUUUGUCACAUGUGUUUUAUUUCUUAGCCGGGAGGGCUUCCGGCGAGCAUGCAUGAGAAUGGAUAUGAAACGUGAUGGUACUUCAAUUGAAGAAGAUGUCGGGAGGCUAAUGAAAGUAGCAUGGAUGAGUCUCCCACUUGGAAUAUUUGUUACCAUUGUAGCAUGCCUUUUUGUCUUCUGGUGGCAACAAAUAAGUUAUUUUAGUCCAUAUGGGCAAGCUGUCUUGAUCAAUGGUUGUGCCUGUAUUUUGGAGCUUUUGGCCGAGCCUUUGUAUAUUCUUUCUCAGACCUUGGUCUUGCUUGAAUUACGGUUGUUGGUUGAGACAGUAGCUACCUUCUCACGGUGCUUGACAAUGUACUUUUUAAUUGUCAAGCUAACUGGAAUGGAAAAAUCAAUCAUAUUUGCGCUGUCACAGUCUGCUUAUGGAGCUUGCUUAUUUCUUGGUUAUUGGGGCUAUCUGGUUAUUUUUCGGAAAUUCAGAUAUUCUUACCUUUUCCCAUUCAGAAAAGGAAAAGUUAUUGGAUUUGACCAGCAGCUGUCCAAGAUGUGUAUGCUGUUUACCUUUCAAUCCUUUCGAAAGUUGGUGCUUCAGGAAGGAGAGAAGAUAGUGCUUGUGUGGUUUGAUACACCAUAUAAUCAAGCUGUAUAUGGCCUCGUAGAUAAAUUAGGUAGCUUAGUGGUGAGACUUGUCUUUUUACCAUUUGAAGAAAGUUCAUAUACAGCAUUUGCAAGGUCUGCUUCAGGAGAAUACCCAGGAAAACACAAGAAAUUAGGAAACUGCUUGACAGAAUCCCUCAAGUUAGUUUUGUUGAUUGGCGUUGUUUUCAUGGCAUUUGGUCCAAGUUAUUCUUAUUCCCUCAUUAGAUUGUUGUAUGGAAAAAAAUGGAGUGAUGGAGAAGCAUCAACUGUCCUCCGCUAUUAUUGCUUUUAUGUCAUUGUUUUGGCAAUGAAUGGAACAUCUGAAGCCUUUAUGCAUGCAGUUGCAACAGAGAGCCAACUCAAGCGUUCAAAUGAUUCAUUACUUGUAUUCUCUUUGAUCUCUGUCGUUCUGAAUGUCCUACUAAUAAAGCUAUAUGGGUCAGUUGGCUUGAUCAUGGCAAAUUCUCUCAGUAUCCUUUCUGCCUUCUGGUUGCCUGUGCAGCAAUCCUUGUUCAAAUGAAAGUUAAAGGAAAAUUAAGAUCUAAAUGCACAAGAUUAAGGAAAAUAUAUAAAGAAAGGCCCUUGAUCAUGGGAAAGAAAUUGAGAAUAUAGCAAAGGAAAUGCGUUAACUCUUCUGUGUUAGUGUAUUUACUGUCAUAGUUAUUAUUUUAAGAUCUUUAUUAACAUGCUGAAUUAAACUCCUACUUUCUUUUUGACAUUAUUGCAUUUAUGUGUAUCUUAAUAUCAAUAAAACUCAACUAGCAUCCCCCCUCAUAAUCAUAUAGCAAAAAAUUAAAGGAAUAAAAAAGUCUAGCAUUGUGGAGGUUUUGUUCUUCUGAUGAGGAAUGAGUAGGAAGUUGUGUUGCAUUUUUAACACCGACUUUACUAAAUAUUUGUAUGAUCUCUAUGUUCUGAAAUAUAUGUAGACACAUUGACUUAAAUGGUUGCGAGAUUGGCCAAUGGCAUGAUCUGCUGCUACCACUGAUAAUUUACUAGAUUAUGCCAGGUGCAACAGUGCCUAGACAAGUAACAUUACUAGCAUGCCAACAGAGUCCUAACCUAGAUACUUCUGUCUAAACAGAUGAAAUCUAAUGCGGUUAUUUGUUCAACCAUAAUUAGCAUAUUAAUUAGACCCCUUCUUAAAAAAAAGAGCAUAUUAAUUAGAUCCUAUUAGUUCAACCUUUGAUUCUCACAUUUAAUUUACAUCAUUUAUGAAUGAAAAGUUUUGUUUUGAUCCUUCACUUGA